CGCUGUAGAAAAUUUUAUGACAUUUGACAUUACAUCAGUGUUUAGUUUAUAGGAGUGACUAAAGUUUCUAUCGUGCAAGAAUUUUUUCCGACUAAAACCAAGAUAAACGACCUAACAUUGCUAAUUUAUUUAACCACGCAGAAUUCUAAGGCAAUCAACGAAUUCUCAUGGCUUCAACGAAUUUAUUACAAAAUAUACGUCAUAAAAGUCUUUCUAUCAACAAAAGAAUAUUCCCGUUAUGAGUAAAAUAUUAUUGUAAACAAUCGACGAUAACGUGAAAAAUUUUCAUUACAUUCGAUUUGAAAAGGAGAUCAAAUUAUUUGAUUGUAUCUUGAAAUCAAACGCAGUACAAUGUUUCCUUUGCUUAAACAAAUUUUGGAUAGCGCUACUUUGUGGAUUUAUGCUCAGACUAUUUGGAUCGUGGCUGUGAGCUUUUUGUACUAUUUCACUAUACCUUGGAUAGCAUGGGGCAGUCUAGCCAUUUUUUUUGCAUUGAGAUUAACGAGGAAUCCAUCCUCUGAUCCAACAAUUGUCCACAAAGUUCUAGGCGCUGAUCCUUUUAUUUUGGAUAAAGAGCAUCUUGGUGGCAACAGUCAGGGUAACGGGAAGCAAUAUUGCAUGCGAGUGGUGGCCCACCGUGGUGGAGGAUAUGAUUAUCCCGAAAACAGCCUGUCGGCUUUCAAAAAUAGCAAAGAAAAAGGCUGUACUGCUGUUGAAUUUGAUUUGGCUUUAACAAAAGAUAACAUUCCAAUAAUAUUCCAUGAUGAAACGAUCGAAAGACUGACCGGCAAAACAGGCCGAAUUAAGGAAAUGACCUGGGAUCAACUCAAUCAACUAGAUAUUGGUGAAAAUCAUCCGCUCCGAGAAAAGUUCGAUGGUGUAGAAAGAAUUGCCCUUUUUGACGAUAUCUUGGAGGAAUGUCUCCGCAAUGGCCAGCAUAUGUUUAUUGACAUCAAAGAAAAAAGUCUAGACAUUAUACAAGUAAUUUUAAAUGCAUUUAACAAACAUCCAGAACUAUAUGAGAGGGCAGUUGUCUCAAGUUUUCAUCCAAUUCUCAUCUAUAUGGUGAGAAGAAAAGAACCCCGAAUAGUUACGAGUCUCGCUUGGAGGCCAAAAUUUUUCUCUACUACAUCGUUCGGAGGAUUGGAUGGACCAGGACUGGUUCGUUUCAAAAAUCCAUUCAAACAUUUGAUGGCCUGCAUUUUAGAUGCUGUACACGAAUGGGCUUUACCGCGAUUCACUUAUUACAUACUGGGGAUAUCGGCUAUAUUAUUGCACAAAGAUGUCAUCAGUCCAGAAACUAUUUACCGAUGGCGUGAUCGGGGAAUACGCGUAAUAGCUUGGACGGUGAAUUUACCAUCGGAAAAAUUGCAUUUUUCUCGCCUACUCAAAAUUACGUACAUGACUGAUACGCUAUUGGCGGAAAAAGUGACGUAAAUUUAUAAAAACGCUUAUGAAUACUCAACACACUCCAUUUAAGAAACAGAUCGCUAAUCGCUCUUUUAUCAAACAUAAUGGCGUACUCUUAUAAAAGUGUACACUCUAAAACAACAAAAUUUCAUUAGAUUUAAACAUACUUUUUUUUAUUAUAUCAAAACAUACUUUUGUGAUUCUUCGCAAAGAAAUACAACUAAAGUUUUAUAAUUUAAAAGUGACAUAUUUUGGCAGCAGAACGCUCUAAUUCAUAUUUGUAAAAAGAAAAUCGUUCUCUUCACAACUUUAAGUUUGAGCUUUCAAUGCAUUGUGCCUAUUUUUCAACAAGAUUCAUCAGCAUUUUCAAUCUGUUUCUCAAUCAUACUUCUCAAGUAUUAAAAGGAUUUAAAAAACAUGCACGAAUGAAAAGAUCUCCGAACAUUAGCAUAGUCUUGUUGCAGUAUUAUUGCAAAGUUCGACCAUUUUCUUUUUACUUUAUAGCAUUUCUAGUCUAGACCGCAGUAAUUACGAAACAGAUAAUUUAUUAUUUUAAGCAGCAGCACAUAUAUAUAUAAAAUCUUAUAUAUUCAUAUCGAAACAACGAAUUUUUUAUAAUACGCAUGUAAAUAAAACUCUAUUAUAAACAUCUGUUUCCAUGAAAACGCAUGAACAAGAUCGAUUGUAAACAAACAAGCAAAAAACAUUAAAGAAGAUUCUUUUUACAA